AUGUUUUAUGACAGAAAAGAGACUUUUAGAAUUGAAGUAAUAUCGUUAUUUAUUUAUUUUUUUUUAAAAAAAAAAGAAAUACGUAUAUUAAUCCGUUUUUUACAUGUUAGGGAACUAACAAAGGAGAUGUUUAAUCAUGGAUGGAAUAACUACAUGCAACAUGCAUACCCAGAAGAUGAGUUAAAUCCUUUUGAAUGUAAAGGUCGAGGAAGUGAUAAAGCUAAUCCAUUAAACAUCAAUGUGAAUGAUGUAUUAGGAGAUUAUUCCUUAACAUUAGUAGAUACUUUAGAUACUUUAGCUAUUAUCGGUACACAACAGGAAUUUGAGGAUGCUGUCAAUCGAGUGAUAGAAACGGUUUCAUUUAGUCAAGAUAAUAAAGUACAAGUUUUUGAAGUGAACAUUAGAGCAUUAGGAGGCCUCUUAUCUGCACAUCUAUUAGCAACUGACCCAGCGUUUAAUCGUACCAUUUCAGGUUACAAUAAUGAACUCUUGUCUUUAGCCAAAAAUGUUGCUGAUCGUCUUAUGCCUGCCUUUUGGGCUUCAAAAAGAACACAUAUUCCUUAUCCACGUGUUAACUUGCGUUAUGGUGUACCUACUACUGAAACAACUGAGACUUGUACAGCAGGUGCAGGCUCGCUAAUCCUAGAGUUUGGUGUCCUUAGUCGACUUACAGGAGAUCCCCGCUAUGAACAAGCAGCACAGCUUGCUUUAGACAAUAUAUGGCAACGACGAUCGGAACUAAAUUUAUUAGGUAAUGUAAUUGACAUCCAAACAGGUCAAUGGAUCCAUACUGCUUCCUCAACCGGGGCUGGUAUUGAUUCUAUCUUUGAAUAUAUGCUGAAAGCCUAUAUACUCUUUGGUGAAUCUAAAUACUAUACCAUGUUCGAUGAAGCUUAUCAAGCCUUGAUGCGCUAUGUCAGAGAUCGCACCGGGUAUCUCUAUCGUAACGUUCAUAUGAGUAAUGGCUCAUUAAUGUCGUAUUGGAUUGAUAGUUUAGGAGCCUUUUUUUCAGGCUUACAGGUGUUAGCAGGCGAUUUAAAUGGAGCAAUCAAGGGUCAUCUUGUUUACUAUAACUUGUGGAAAAAAUAUCAUGCUUUACCUGAACGCUUUAACUUUUACCAAAGGACGGUAGAUGUAGGAUUUUACCCAUUACGUCCUGAAUUUGUAGAGUCAACUUAUUAUCUCUAUCGAGCCACACACGAUCCAUUUUAUUUAGAAAUCGGAGAAAUGAUUGUAAAGGACUUGAAUAACCGAACUCGUCUACCGUGUGGAUUUGCGACAAUCGGUGAUGUAACAACAGGCCGCUUAGAGGAUCGAAUGGAAUCGUUCAUGUUAAGUGAAACACUCAAAUAUCUAUAUCUAUUGUUUGACGUCGAUCACCCAUUAAAUCAUAUGGAUUCGAAUUUUGUAUUUACAACAGAAGGACAUAUACUUCCAUUAUCUCGACACUACCUUAGAUCAACAGAAGCUGUGAAUGAACAAUGCCCAAAAUACCAUGAUUCUAUUCCUGGUGAUCUAGAUAUGAGCUCAAUGCCCUAUCAACCUGUUACCGAUUAUGCAACUCAAAUUGUAGGUACCACUGCUCCUGUCUUGCCAUUAUCGCAGCAUGGAUAUUGUGCUCUACCUUACCAAACGUUACCCUCAAAACGUAUCUUUUUUAUGGAGCAACAAUUGAACAAGGUUAGUGGAUACCUUGCUAAAUCACUUUCCGGGUUACGACUUGAGUUGAAGCCUCAAGGGUAUUUUUUAAAAAGAGGUUAG